AUGCCCAGCUCAAAGACCUCAACAAUCGCUGCCACCGUCGGCGCCGUCCUCGUCAGCGCAUACUUCCUCGGAGGCCUCCUCAAGAAGAAAAACAAGGACACCAACUCCAACACUGCCUCGACUUCUACCAAGACCACUACUACUACCACCACUACUAAGACCACCAAGACCGUCGCCGUCAAAUCCGUGCCAUUGGAUGCAAAGGAAUACCGCAAAUUCAAGCUGGUGGACAAGGUCGUUGUCAGUCCCAACACUGCCAUGUACAAGUUUGCGUUGCCGAACGAAGACGAUGUGCUGAACCUGCCCAUCGGCCAGCAUAUCUCGAUCAUGGCCAACAUCAACGGCAAGGAGAUCAUGCGUAGCUACACCCCCACCUCCUCCAGUGAUGACCUCGGUCACUUUGUCCUCUGCAUCAAGUCGUACCCUCAAGGAAACAUCUCAAGGAUGUUUAGUGACCUGAGCAUUGGCGACACUGUGAAUGUCCGUGGACCCAAGGGACAGUUCAACUAUACACCCAACAUGUGCCGUGCCAUUGGUAUGAUUAGUGGUGGUACCGGUAUCACCCCCAUGCUCCAGAUCAUCAGAGCGAUUGUCAAAAACCCAGAGGAUAAGACGCUGGUCAACUUCAUUUUCGCAAAUGUGAACGAGGACGAUAUCCUCCUCAAGGCCGAACUGGACCUCCUCUCCCAAAAGCACCCCCAGUUCAGGGUCCACUAUGUGCUCAACAAUGCCCCCGAGGGCUGGACUGGAGGAGUGGGUUUCGUGAAUGCAGAGAUGAUCAAGGAACACAUGCCCGCACCUGCGUCGGAUAUCAAGGUCUUGUUGUGUGGCCCACCCCCCAUGAUCUCGGCUAUGACCAAGAUCACCCAGGAGUUUGGAUACGAUAAGGUCAAUGCUGUCUCCAAGAUGCCUGACCAGGUCUUCAAGUUCUAA